AUGUGGAAUAAUUUAGCUUGCACUUCAUAUGAUAUUUGCUCUACAAGAAGGAUUACUGAAGCUCAAAGAAGACAUCUUUAAAGCUUAACUAGCGUAAGACCUACUAUCGAUACAAGAACUCCAUGGUAACCAAGCCAUUCUCUUUCUAAAUGGACCAAUAAAUAUACAAAUUAGAGAAAUUAAAAAAUUUAGCAUGAUAAUAAAGUGUUGCUUGAGAAAAUGAUGGUAAUAGAUAAGAAAUCAUCUAAUAUGAAUCCUAAAAAAUUAGCCUAAGAAAUAUAUCCAAUAAAAAGCAUGGCUGAGUAUCAAAGAAGAAGAAAUCAAGAAAAUCUCAAAUAGGAAAACAACAAAAUAAUAGAAAGAAUAGAUAAUGCAACUUAAAAAUCAAAUUAUGGAAAAUAAAUGUGGAUGAAAGAAAGUAAAAAAUUUGAGUAAUACAAAAGUAACAUUCUAAGAAGCAAGUCUAAAAAGCUAAACUACUUAUAUAUAAAAUAGUACAAGGAAUAGAUUAUACAAAGCUUACUAAAAUUAAUUACCCUAACGAGCAUUUUAUGGUUAGAAAAAUAAGUACUCCUAACAUUAAUAACUAAGCCUACUAUAGUAACAAGCCUAAAACUCCUGGUGGAAGGUUAUAAGAUAAUAGACAAGGAAAUGAUAUAGAUUUUUAACUUUGAGAUUAAUAAAUAUUUUAAUAUAGAAUUCUUCAUAAAACCAACCAAUUAGAUUUAUAAAUUUAUGCAAUUUAAUUUUGUUUAUAUUUUAUAUAAAGUAAAAAAAUAUUUCAAUAAUGCUUAUUAUCAUUCAUUACCUUUCAGUAUAUAUUUUUUUUAGAUUUGUAAAGUCUAUUUCAAUUAAUUUCUUGACAAAAAUUAUCAAAUAAAUAAAUAAAAUUAUCCUUUCUAAUUUAAUGAAGGGAGGGUAUGUGGUGUAUAUAGAAAUUAUGGGUAUUAAUAAAAUCAUUUUUAUUAUCAAAAAAUAGAUAGAUUUAUACUAAGAAAAUUAAUAUAUCCCUCCUUCAUAUAUGUAUUUUUAUUGAGUAUAUACUAAAUUUAAAUAAAAAAUUUUCUUAUUACUAGAUCAGUUUAAUUCAAAAUAAAAUACUCUUUUACAUUAUUUUAUAUUAACUAAAUACAAGUAUAUUUUAAAAUAAUUUAAUAAUAUUGA